AGCAGUAAACGGGUGUGCUCUACACUUUUGAGCAAAAUGAUACCCCAUAUACAGUAUUUUCCCAGUUUGCAACCUUCUAGAUUAUUCACUUUUGCUGCGGAUACGGUUUAAAACCAUUCUUGAAUAGUCGACCAUGGCUGGUGCGAUGAUAAGAAAAGAAAUCUCCAGAUCAUACCAAGAGCUGAAUGAUGAGACUGAAAGAGAUGCUCAGAGUGCCGAUCUGCAGGAGGAUUUGGAUGACCUUGAUCCUCAAGAUGGUAAUGGUAGUGCUUCACCAGUAGUGGAUGAUGAGGCUGGGAGCAAUAACCCCUCAAUGCGGUUCAGCAAAGCCUGCCUGAAGAAUGUGUUUUCAGUGUUUCUGAUCUUCAUCUACCUGCUCUUGAUGGCAGUAGCUGUGUUUCUGGCCUAUCAGACCAUCACAGACUUCAGAGAGAAGUUAAAACACCCUGUGAUGUCUGUGAGGUACAAAAAGGUUGACAGAUUUGAGGCUCCAGGGAUUGCACUUUAUCCUGGCAAGGCUCAGCUCCUGAGCUGCAAACACCAUUACCACGAUCAAAUUCCCCCCCUGGUGAACCCAGGACAGCUGGGUGAGGUCCAGUGCCUGACUGAGCGAAUCAACUACACUGACCCAUACACCAAUCACACCACGAAGCAGGCCCUGAUUGUGAAAGGGCCCACUGAUGUGAGGAAGAGGGAGCUGAUUUUCUUGCAGUUCCAUCAGAACGAGACUGAACAGGAUUUCAGCGCUAUCGGCUACCUGCUCUUCUACUCCUACCAGGAGUUUUCUGACAGUUUCCCUUUCAGCCCUGAUAAAGCCCAGUUCAUGAAAGACACUGAAAGCUCUUAUUCUAUCUGGACCUUCUCUGGAGGAUUCCGCACAUGGGUAAAAAUGUCUUUAGUAAAAACAUCAGAGAAAGAUGGUGGUGAAUCUGUGGAGUUCAGACAAGAGUCCAGUGUUGUGAAAUACAGUGACCAGAGACCCGAUUCAGAAAAGGGCAAUGAGUUGUUUUUCGUUGUAUUUGAGUGGCGGGACCCUUUCAUUCAGGAAGUCCGGGAUAUCAUCACAGCAAACCCCUGGAACACUAUUGCAAGCCUCUGUGGAGUUUUCCUGGCAUUAUUCAAAGCAGCAGACUUUGCCAAACUAAGCGUGAAGUGGAUGAUCAAAAUUCGAAAGAGACACCUGAAACGCAAUGCUCGUGAAAUGAACCAGGUCACCUGAGAAAUCAGGUGUGCAGCUUCUGACUCAGAGGGAACCCCCUCUGGCACUCGAACAAGCUCUUUAAUUUACGAAGUCGGGUAAAAAAAAACACUGUUGAUUUCCUCCCUAUGCGCACAAGACAAACUAAUCUCAUCUUGGAAUUUAGAACUGGAACAGGAGAAGACACUGGAGUAGUUUGUAGGACUAUAGGGGCUGUUUUUAUUACAACUUUAUUAUUCCUUUUUAUUACUAAUUUUUAUUUUUCUAACUGUACAUCCUGAAUGUUUUCAUACUUGAAUCUUAAGUAUAAAGUGAGGGAUCAUGUUUGACCUAAUUAUUUUCUAUAUGAUUUGAUUACACACUACCUUUGUAGAAUAGAAGAUACUUUUAACACAAGUUGUACAGAGUCGUUGUUUAAACAUGUAACUUAAUCAGGAACAAAAUAAUAAUAAAUACACAACCGACAGUUUCUAUGGAGGGGGAUUAAAGGAUAUUUGGUUUCCCUGCUAGGAACCAAAUGGGUAUUUAAAAGGGGAAUUAAAGCAGUCAUUUUGCACAUACUAGUUUAAGUAGUUGCUAUUAAAUGUACUUGGAUAGAGGCUGUCUUGAGCCCUAUGUAUACUGAGCAUCAAAAUAACUUAUAUUUGGAUAAAAUUUGCUAAAUGUGAUUGAAAAUUGACAAACCUUCAGAGCAGGUGCUGUGACUUUUUAUUGUGAAGGUUACAGAAGCAGUUUUUUUGGUAGAAGCAAAACAAGUAGUUUAUGUAUUAAACACAUAAUGCUUUUAACAAGCACAAAAAUGCUUCAUCAGUGUAGUCUUGUUAAAACAGCCUUGUUUUGUUUAACUCUUGAGGCUCUCCAAUGCAAAGGUAGGAGUUAUUUAGCCAAAAACACUGGACAGCUCUCAGACUGCUUACUGUGGAUGGCCUCUCAGGAAUGCUGAAUUAUUACAGAAUUGAGAGAGAGAGAGAGAGAGAUUUGUGUCCCGUUUCAACUCUUUACAUUGCUUCUACACUGCCCACACUUGGUCCUGUACUGUAGUCCUGAAGUGCCACCUUGAAGAAACCUGUAAUUCAUUCAGCAACAGUAAAACCAUAAACUUGUGAGAAUAAGACUGAUUUAGUCUUUCUUCAAUUAAAAUAUGCACUCAGGGCCUGCACAUAAAAACAAAACCAAUUACUACAAAAAAGUGUGAUGACAUUUUCUGUGUCAUAAAACAGAAUUUGAGCAAGUGUUCUCUAGUAGUGUUUUGAGGAAAACUGGACAUUGCUGUAUCAGCUUUCACCAGCAGAGGGAGAAAACAGCCUUAAAAACAGUUUUUGUGUCAGCUUCUUAAUUACUGUGCAACAGUUCUGGAAAUCUUGAAUUAAGACCAAAUCGCUGACUACCUAAGUGUGGUUAGUGUCUGUGAAAUCUCCCACACCAGACAAGCAUCAUAGGUAGGGAGGCCAAUGAAUAAAUAUGCUAAAAAGUCUAAGGCAAAUACAAGCUAAAUGCUAAAACUCUAAAUACUCAACUUAAUAUCUUUAAAUGGUCUAGGUGGAUUGACAGGUAGCAAGCUCAGAACAGCACUGAAUUGGCAUGUUUGCUGCAUUGCCAUGGACGUCCAUGACGUGCGCAACCUCUUGACUCGCACCUCAACUCGUGACAAGAUCUAGCUUAUAUUGACUCUGUGCUGACGAGACUACUUUAGGAUUUCUUUCUAGGUUUCCUUCCUGAAGGUGCAGGGCUACAUUUGCCAUACAAAGAUCAUUCUGUCAGUCUUCUCAACAGGCCAUUUCCAC